AUGACUACGGUUAAACUGGGUAUAAGAGUGAGACCUUUUACGGAGAAGGAACUUAAGUCUGAAAAAGAUCGAGUUGCAGUUGUAUGUGUGAACGAUGAACAUACAGUAACAAUAACAAACAUAAAAGUAAACGCAUCAGGCGCGGGAGACAGUCGUGAGCGUCUACGUCGAUACUUCGCUGACUAUACCUUCAACAGCGCUUGUUGUGUUACACACCAACACUAUGCGUCUCAAGAAAGGAUAUUCGAAACCAUCGGUCAAGAAGUGUUGACGAGUAUGUCACAGGGUGUAUCUGCUUGCGUGCUCGCAUAUGGACAAAGCGCGACAGGCAAGACCUACACUAUGAUGGGGACAGAGUCUAAGCCAGGCUUGAUACCGAGGCUUUGUCGGGCACUUGGAGAUGAAAAUCCCUCCGAAAUUAAAGUCAGCUAUCUAGAGAUUUACAACGAACGAGUACACGAUCUGCUCGCUGGCGAGGCGGUGCCAACCAUUAGUACCUUCAGCUCAUUACCAAGGCGUAAGGGCAACGCUCGCAAAGAUCUGCGUGUGAGAGAACACCCUUCUAGUGGGCCAUAUGUGCAAAAUUUACGUCGCGUGUCUGUACGCGAUGUGGAGGCCCUGUUGUCUAUAGUGGAGGAGGGCACACGUCGCCGCCGUACAGCCACCACCCGACGCAACCCGGAGUCGUCCCGGUCGCACGCCCUACUGGAGCUGUGCACUCCACGGGGUACACUGCAUCUCGCUGAUUUAGCUGGAAGCGAAAAAGCAAGUUGGGAGGGCUGUGGCGGUGGAAGACAGAAAGAAGGCGCAAAUAUCAACAAAUCAUUAGUGGCGCUUAGUAACGUUAUUUCAGCAUUGGUAACAGGGGGAAGUGGUCGCAGCAAAUUCGUUCCCUAUAGGGAUUCGGCACUGACGUGGCUUUUGAAAGACUGUUUCACUGGAGGAGCAAAUAUAUUUAUUAUAGCGACUGUGUCACCAAGUUUUGCGUGUUACGGUGAAUCAGCUUCCACACUUCGUUGGGCAGCUCAAGCUCGUCGGUUGCAGGCUCCAAAGAUUACAUCUGUGACAGAUGUGGUCUCCAAAUGUGCUCUUAAAGCACAGCUCAAUCGCUUACUAUCUGAACUAGAAAAACACCACAUAAGAUAUAUACCUGAAAGUGGAAAAAUAACCUAUGAUGACAGGCAUUGGAUGUUAGAAGCUAAGGAUAAAAGUAUCGAAAUUGGUUUAUCAAAUACAACAACGAAAAUAGGCAACAUAAUGAAUAAUAUAUUGCAUCCGAAGCCUGAACCUGUAAAUUUAGAAUCAACAAAUUUAUCAGUGGCCAGUGGAAGUUUGGAUGUUAAUAAUGUUAUAGACAAAAAUACAAAAAUAGUUAAUGAAAUUACAAAGGAAGUUGAUAAAUUAUUUGGCCCUACUUUAGAAAGAACUAGAAGUGGUAGUGUUUUGGAAGUUAUGACCCCAAUAAAGAGACAAUAUGGUUCACAAGAAGUGCUGCCUACUGGGAAGCCUUUGCACGGUGGAAACAUUGAAUCCUUUUCUAAUAUAUCGCAAAAUGUAAAUGAAAAGGAUGAUGACAAAGGUACCAUUGCAACUAUAAGCCCCAUGCCAAUUUUUUAUAAAAACCAAAGAGCAGAUAUUGUUGCUUCUGUUACUGAAAGAUUGUAUUCGAAAUUUAAAAAAGAAGACACGGUUAACAAAAUCGACUCUAUGGUUGAGAAAAAAGUUAUGCAGCCUUUAAGCGAAUUGAAGAUUUGCACUAAUGCUCGCCAACGUUUCACGGAAAUAAGUCAAAAAGCAAUGAGGAACAGGAAAAGACUAGGUGUACCAGCCCACACACAAACAAGGAAGACAGUGAUACGAGUUAAAGAUCGAGGAAUCGACGUUCAAACGGAUCUAGAACCGUUUAUUAAACAAAAAGAUAAUAUGGUUGUGCUAUAUCGAGACGUUAGUACUGAAACAAUUCCUAUGACACCCAGAUGCAAAGAAGUAGCAGUAGGUGAUGGUUAUUUAAGUUAUCAUGAUAAAUCUACAACGAUGGAGCUUAAGAGAAUAUUUAAGAAAAGUACCAGUGUAAUGACCGAUGCCACAUCAAAAAGAACUACUUGCACCCAAACUCAAGUGAUUCCCACUCCAAGAAGAAGGAAAAAGUCUCUUAUGAACUCAAAACUACAUUAUCAAACUGAUAAUAAGCAAAAAUGUGUAGAAAAUUCUUUAACCUCUCCAAUUAUUAAUAUAAAAAUAUCACCUAUGUAUUCGUUGGAUUCCGAUACACUGAGUUCUACUGAAAGUUCAGAAAUUGGAUGUGUCAACGAAAAUAAAAGUUUUAAAACUCCUGAACUCUUUACAAACCGUAUUGGUACUGAGACUUCAACAGGAUAUCAACAGAGAAUUUUGGAGCCACCUAAAGAACAAAACUCUGAAAAGCAUAUAAAGGAGUUGCCUUUAUCACCAGAAUACCCCAGUAAAAUUUAUAAAGAUUUCUCAGAUGAUGAAGCUUAUCCAUUACCCCGUGUUACUACAGAUUCUACAAAUAAAGUUGAUUCUGAUGAUAUUAAAAAUAUGAUUUUGGGACGCAAUAAAAACGAAUAUCCAUAUAAUGUAGUAUUAUCUCCAAUAAAGAAUAAACAACGGAUAGAAAGAACCAUAAAAUUUAAAGAUAUAAAAAGUAAAGAGGUCGCUAAAUUCAAUGAUAUGUAUUCAGAUAAUAAGGAUUUAAAAAAUGAAUAUAGUUGUAAAAAUGAUUAUUCAGACGUCUUUUCAGAUGAUUCAGAUUCAUCUAAAUUAGAGACAGCCUCCUUUGUUUGGAAUACGAAAAAUCUAAAUAAAUAUGACAUAACACCAAUUCAUCCGGGCAAAUCUUGCACCUCUUUGCAGAAUAAUAAAGCAAACUUUGAAAAUGAUAAGACCAAAGAUUUACUUCACAUGGAAAACGACGAUACUUUGGACAUUGACUCUCACAGUUCAUCGACCGAAUGUUAUAAAAGUAAUAGAAAUAUUCCUAUCGUAAAGAAGUAUACUACAUUUAGUAAAUGUGGAAAUGAAACAGAUAAAAGUGAUUGCUAUGAAUGUAUCGAAAAUAAAAUGGAACAGACUUGUCAAAAAUUAGAAAAAGUGGCUAGUAGAUAUGAGGAUUAUUUGGCGAAUCAUUGUAGAGAUAACCAAAACGCUCACAUACGAAGUCCCACCGAAUAUUUACAAUAUUUAGUACAAUUAAGAAGAGAAGUCGUGAAAGAAUCUCUAAGUACAUGUAGUACAGGAACAAUAUUGUCUGAUUAG